AUGUGGCUGACGUUCGAGAAAUUAACGAAAGAAUGUGCGCGUUACGUGAUUUCCUUGGUAGAAGAAAGGUUAUCACCCCUUUCUGGUAGGAGAAAUGUUGUUACACCAACUCUCCAAAUCCUCAUCGCUCUGCGAUAUUACGCUAAGGGUUGUUAUCAAAUUGAAUUGGGAGAUUUGCAUGGUGUAUCGCAGCCAACAGUGUCUAGGAUCGUCGCUUCCGUAUCGCGAGUUUUGGCAGAUUUACUGCCACAAUUUAUAAAAUUUCCACCGCGAAUAGAAACACUUCAGCAGGAAUUUUAUAACGUAGCUUGUUUUCCUAUGGCUGUGGGCUGUAUUGAUUGUACUCAUGCAGGUAGAAUACGAGGUAUUUUGCUUGGGGAUUCCGGGUACCCUUGUAAGCCAUACCUCUUAACACCAAUUUUAAAUCAUCGUAAUCCUUGUGAAGAACGUUACAACGCAUCUCAUAUACGGACCCGGACCAUCGUGGAGCGCUGCUUUGGUGAAUGGAAAGGCAUGUUUCGUGCCUUGCAAAAUGGAAUGCAGAUCUCCCUUUGUACAGCAAAGACAGCCAUCAUAGCGAUGGCUGUCUUAUAUAACAUCAAGAAAAAUUUUUAUGAUAACAAUCCGUAUGUUAAGGCAAGAGUGGCGUGUGGGUCCGGCCAGUUAAGGCGAAUUUCAUUCCAAUUGGUCAACUUGGGCAAAAUAUUCAAUUGUACCAAACAAUUCACAACAAAUGUUCAAAUUGUUGCCUUUCAACAGUCUGGCAAUGUGCCAAUCUGUUAUAAACAGCUGAAACCGCAUUCCGGUACGUUUCCGGCGGAAACUUAA